AUGAGAUGUCAAAUCAAAUCUGCUGUUCUUCCUGAUACUCCCACGAAGGUUGAAAUAGCUGCUAUAGACGCUAAUAUGAAGUCUAAGAAUGUUAAGAAGCGUGUCUUAAGCAAAGAAAAGAAGAAACCUAAAAAAGUUAAGAAGACUAAUAAGAAGAAUAGAACAAGUGAUGAAGAAGAAGCAGCAAAUAAUUGCUUUUGUUUGGUUUAUCUUGAAGCCCAUGCAGACAGCAGAUCGAAUGAGCAGUGGGUUCAAUGCCUGGAAUGCAAGGGCUAGGCACACGUAGAUUGUAGGUACUGGAGACGAGCUGCAUUACGUUUGUCAUAAUUGUGAAUCUGAUUAGAUUAAGAUUUUGUACUGAUUAUAAUAAUAAUAAUAUUUUAGUUGGUAGGUAUUAAAAGAUGAUUAAAGUACUGUUUUGGUAAAAAA